AUGUCCCUCGACAAGGUGAGAAGCCCGAAGCGACUUGAGACUCCUACAUUCCCUAACUUCGAUCCAAUGACAGACUUGAAUGCCUCCAUGAGACGAAUCGAUCUCUUCUGCAAGCUCAUAGCACCAGUCUUCAUCUCCUUGAUCGACAGCCUCUCGACCCAAUACGCAAUCUGGACAGUUUUCACUCUGAACAUCGCAUCCGUGCUCGUUGAAUAUAUGGCCAUAGCCCAGGUCUACCGAUCAGUCCCCGCCUUGACCAAGAUGCAAUCUCCCGCACCGCAGGCAGAUGAUCUAAACAGCGAGACCGCCGAUGAUCCCCACCAUCACACAUCUCGCAGCAUCCUCCGCUCCUUCCCAGAAUCACUCAACCCAUGGAAGGAGUACAUCGCCAGCCCGGUCUUCCUAGCAUCCUUCGCCCUGAGUCUGCUCUACCUAACAGUCCUAUCCUUCGGCGCAACAAUGGUCACUUACCUGCUGCACGCGGGCUUUACCUCGUUACAGGUCAGCUACAUGCGUAUCGGUGCCGUAGCCGCCGAGAUAUCCGGUACAUGGACAGCGCCGAUCAUUAUGAACCGGAUUGGACCCAUUCGGUCCGGGCUGUGGUUCCUGAAUUGGCAGUUUCUCUGCGUGGCUGCUGCCGCUGUGGCUUUUGUUUCGUGGGACUCGGGCUCGCAGUUCGUGGCGGGUACGCUGAUUGUGGGCGUUGCGUUGAGUCGUGUUGGGCUUUGGGGAUUCGAUUUGUCGGUUCAGUUUCUUGUGCAGGAAAAGAUUCACGAACAUGCCCGUGCCCGCUUCUCUGCGACUGAAAUGGCGCUGCAGAAUGUUUUCGAGAUGCUUUCUUUUGCUUCGACUAUUGCUUUCCCGCUGCCGGCGCAGUUCGGGUAUCCCGUGCUGAUCAGUGCUGGGGCUGUGGCGGUUGCUGCUGUUUGUUUUGCGGCGUAUGUGCGCAAGGAACGAGGGCAUCUGCUGCAUCGUGUACGGUGUAUGGGUGGUGAAAAAGCGGGAUACCGAAGCAUAGCGCCUGAGUCGGUUUAG